UAAAGAGAAGCAUCUGUGCUGUGGUCCAAACAUGACAAUCCUGACAAGGAACUCCAGUGACCACGAGUGCUGUGGAUAUGACCAGUACAACAUGAAGACUCAGUGGUGCUGUGUGGGGGAUCGAAUACUUGAGAUACAUCCUAUAAAUUCCAGUAGCUGUAAAGAGGCAUUUGAUGAAGAGAAGCAGCUGUGCUGUGGUCCGAAAAAGAAAAUCCUGACAAGGAACUCCAGUGACCACGAGUGCUGUGGAUAUGACCAAUACAACACGAAGACUCAGUGGUGCUGUGUGGGGGAUCGAAUACUUGAGAUACAUCCUAUAAAUUCCAGUAGCUGUAAAGAGGUUUUUGAUAAAGAGAAGCAUCUGUGCUGUGGUCCAAACAUGACAAUCCUGACAAGGAACUCCAGUGACCACGAGUGCUGUGGAUAUGACCAGUACAACAUGAAGACUCAGUGCUGCUGUAUGGGGGAUCGAAUACUUGAGAUACAUCCUAUAAAUUCCAGUAGCUGUAAAGAGGUUUUUGAUAAAGAGAAGCAUCUGUGCUGUGGUCCAAACAUGACAAUCCUGACAAGGAACUCCAGUGACCACGAGUGCUGUGGAUAUGACCAAUACAACACGAAGACUCAGUGGUGCUGUGUGGGGGAUCAAAUACUUGAGAUACAUCCUAUAAAUUCCAGUAGCUGUAAAGGUGUGCAACCACAGAAAGUUCAGGACUCUCAACCCAAUUGCACAAGUCUCUAUUACAAUCCAAAUGACUUUCGCUGCUGUGAGAGAAACCAGACAAAGUCUCAUUGGUGCUGCGCCCCAGGUCGAUGUGAUGCUGCAGUCACACUGUAUAACCCCAAAACACAUGUCUGCUGUGAUGGCUGUUUAUAUGAGAGGAUGCCUUGGAGAGAUCAAUGCUGUGGAGAGACGCCAUAUGGCCUGGCACAACGUGGAGUCCUUUGUUGUAAUAACACCUUGUAUAAGGACGGAGAAGAUGGAGAGGAAUGUUCAGAGAUCAAUAUUGCUUACAAUCCAGCCAAAGGGACUACAUUUUGUUGUCAGUCUCAUGGAUUACCUGGACAACACUGCUGUGGGACAGAGGUCUAUGAGCCUUCCACUGAGAUCUGCUGCAAUGGACACAGAUAUCCCAAAAAAGAAAACAUGCACUGCUGUGGGGUGAAAGCCUACAACAUUAAAGACACACAGAUGAAGUGCUGCGCAGGGACACUGUACAACCUGACGUGUUUAGGACAUGGACAUGACGCACAGUGCUGUGGAUCCAUUCUGCAAAAACCAAUGGAUGUUUGCUGCUCAUGUGAACACAAGGAGGUGGUCUACACCAAAAAGACAGGAUUCAGAUGCUGUGGUCACCUCUACUUCAACACUUCUCUGUGGUCAUGCUGUGCAGGGAAGCUGAGCCCAGUACACCAACCAGGACAGCAUCAGAGCAACAUGAUUGAAGAAUCCAGACUUCUCUCAAUGAACAAUCUGAAUGAAACACAUCUCUGCGAAAACAUACUAAUCGGGACUUUGGAACAUGUGUCUCUGCGAAGCAUCGUGUUCAGCAGUGUGCUGAAAAUCUCUGGAAGAAAUGCCAUUAUGAAACCUCUGCCCUCACCUCACAUCCUGAAAAGAUCUGAUCACUGCAACUCCCCAAAACUGAUCCCUGGGAAGACCUACUUCUUUGAUGAAGCUAAUUUCUUCACUGAUUUCAACAGUGGCUCUAUUGUCCAGUCACUCCAUUUCAUUAUUUCCAAGUGUUAUUGUUGUCAGGUCACCGCUGGGUAAUCUGUUUCUUCAUGGAUUUCCUUUGAAGCAUCAAACAAUUACUUGACAAAUAUUAUCAGUCAUUUAAUGCUUACUACUCAUUUCAAAAGCUCAUCAGCAACAGUUAUAAGAUACAUUACUUUAUAUUACUCACUCAUCUCCCUCCAAGGUGCUUAUCAAUAACACGAAAGCCUCCACAUCCUGUGGUUUAACAUGCAGCCAGCCUACGGUUUGGUGGUAUUCACUGACCAGUAUUUACUACCUUAGCCCUGGGCAGGGCCAGAUUAAUUUACAAUAGGGGCUCUGGGAAAAUAUUGAGGACCAUGGUUUACUGCAUAACUCAGGAUUGUUGAAGCAUUAUUGUGAAGGACGGAAGUUCAGUCAUGGAAGUGUUGACAGUAUUGAUGUUGAUUUGUACUACCCAGGAACAACCUUAAAGACAGGCAGAACCAGCAGCACAUGCAGCAAGAAAACAAGGGUGGCUGACUCAGGACUUUGUGCACGACUCAAUCCCCAGUGAUAGCGCCCUUUUGCCAACUCUGAUAAAAACAAAGCUAAAGUAAACAUCAAUAUUUGGUUAGAAUGUUAAGAAGUUAGACUUGAAUUUUACCCCAUUAAAUUAACUGAAAACAUCAUAAGCAAUUUAUUGUAACUGUAAGAAAGAAUAAUAUUAAUACAUGUAAAAAACAUAAAUAACCAUAAUUCUUUUUACUUUAUAUGAGACUUUACCAAAUCUAAUUACCACAAACUAAUUGCCACCUAAUAGACCUGGAACCUUCAAGGCCCUUGACGGUCUGCUGUGGCUAGCAUCACUCAAUAAGUCCCGUCCUCAUAGUGAAGCUGAAGGGUUUACACUCCUUCUAAUUCUGAAUAAAACCUGGUGAUUCCUGAAUAGUAUUAUCAGAGGUAGGUGAUCUAGCUCUGGAGAUACAAUGUGUAAAUAAGACUACUUUGGAGAGGUUAGGCACCAUCUUCAACCUCCAGCAGACAGUUUGGGAAGUUAACACAUCCCAAACUGUCUGUUCACUGUUAGACACCACCUUUCCAAAAUAUCAAAGUAGCGGAGCAUUACUGGCAUUAGUAACUGGUAACUACAAUGCUUUACUGAGAUUAAAAUUGUAAUUACUCACACUACUUGUUACUAAAGGCAGUAAUCACUACUGUAACACUACCCGCCCCUGUGCAUGGUGACAUAUUUAUCUGGACACUGUGAAGUAUAAUUCUAGGAUUAAUUUCCAAAGAUUGACAAUAACUACAGCAGUAAAAGCUGAGCAGGGCAGAAUAUGUCUGAUUAAAAGUAGCUAACUUCUUUGCUGUCACGGUAGCUAGUGACAUGCAAGAAUAUUAAUGUAUAGCUUGAUGAAGUUAAUAUGUUUAGUAUUUUGAAUCAUUGUGCACUCUUCUAUUUUUUGAAAGAACUACACAAUAAAUGGCAACUGUUUGCACACGUCCUUCACUUAUACAAUUGUAUGUUUACAUAUAUGAUGUGAUUUAUAAUGUCAUGAUUGAUAAAGCUAGUUAUUGAUGAGCACCCACUGUGGUUCUUUGAAUGUAUGUUUCUCCAUAUCUAUAAGUGUUCUUUAUUACAUUUAGGCUGCAGUUUAUCAUGCGAAUGUGAUUUCUGUUCUGGCUGUGUUGCAUUUGUUGUACUGUACAUUCUUUGUAAACUGUGUGUUUACUAUAUAUGUGAAUGGCAGGAAUUUAAGCUAGAAAACCUAUUUUCAGUUUAAAAAAAUGUAUUUUUUGUAGAAGCACCUGAAACCCAUGAUAUUGCAUGUUUAAAUGUGUUGGUUUUUGGGAUACAAUUCAACAUUGUAUGUAUACUUUUAAUAUAUGACAGGACCUACUGCUGGUGCCUUGUGUGUUUAAAAAAAAAAAGUCUUAACUAAAUAAAAACAUUUAUAAUGAAAA